CUCUUCCGGCAGGUUCGCUGUGUUCAAAUGGCGGUUUAAAACGGUUUUCGGAAACUUGAAUCGCGAUAGAAUCAGACAGUGUUGUUGGGGAUUCAGUUCAGUCAAAGUGCGGACAGUGUGAGAGACCCGGUGCUGAUACGGAAAGGCCGGGGGAAAGGGCUGUUUGUGUCCAAUACCGAUUGGUAAUCCGUGAUGCGCACACCUUGCAGGUCCUGCACCUGUACACAUGUCUGGACCAGAUUCAAUAUGUUGAAUGGUCUGCAGACUCUCUUUUCGUCUUGUGUGCCAUGUACAAGCGUGGACUCGUACAGGUCUGGUCUUUGGAGCAGCCUGAUUGGCACUGCAAGAUUGACGAGGGAUCAGCUGGAUUAGUGGCUUCACGCUGGAGUCCAGAUGGACGUCACGUUCUCAACACUACAGAGUUCCAUCUGAGAAUCACCAUCUGGUCAUUGUGCACCAAAUCAGUAUCUUAUAUAAAGUAUCCCAAGUCCUGUCAGCAUGGGAUGGAUUUCACCAAGGAUGGGCACUACAUGGCGCUGGCAGAGAGACGGGACUGCAAGGAUCACAUCAGUAUCUUUGUCUGCAGUGAGUGGCAGCUACUGCGGCAUUUUGAGACUGAGACCCAGGAUCUGGCUGGUAUCGAGUGGUCACCCAACAGCUGUGUGCUGGCAGUCUGGGAUUCAUGUUUGGAGUAUAAAGUCCUCAUGUAUUCAUUGGAUGGGCGCCUGUUAUCCACAUAUAGUGCGUACGAGUGGUCUCUUGGUGUGAAGUCUGUUGCAUGGAGUCCAAGCAGCCAGUUUCUAGCCAUUGGCAGUUAUGAUGAAAAGGUAAGAAUCAUAAACCAUGUGACCUGGAGGAAGCUUGUGGAAUUGGAACAUCUCCCAACCAUCAGAAACCCGAAAAGUGUUAUCUAUAAGGAGGUAGAAAGCUGCCCACGGCUGGGUGGUGAUGGCCUGUCCUUUCUUCCAAUUCCAACUGAAAAAUGUUCCUUAUUCAGCUCAGAGAGUAAAUAUGAAAUUUGCCAGCCUCCAGUUGAGGUACCUGUAGUGAAGCCCGAUCCAGAUCGAGCAAAUCCCAAAUUGGGUGUCGGGAUGUUGGCUUUCAGUCCAGAUAACCGUUUCUUAGCAACUAGAAAUGAUAAUAUGCCAAACACUCUCUGGAUAUGGGAUGCCCAAAAGCUGAAGCAGUAUGUGGUUUUAGAGCAAUUGUCUGCUGUCAAAUGCUUCCAGUGGGACCCAUGCAGAGCCCGCCUGGCCAUUUGUACUGGCAGCAACAAGGUGUAUCUUUGGUCUCCUGCAGGGUGUCUGUCAGUGCAAGUUCCAGCUGAAGGUAGUUUCCAGGUUUUAUCAUUGCACUGGCAUCCCAGUGGAGAUUCUAUAAUGCUGCUGAGUAAAGAUCAAAUGUGCGUGUGCUACUUAGAAACCGCAGAUGAAAGUUAAACAUUUUAACGUUGGAGCUGGAGGGUGCAAGUGAACCAUAGUGUCUGGCUGCAGUUGUCUGCCAUAUUGCAGUGUGUUCCUGUUGAGAGCAAAUGAGCAUUGUAGGCUGACUGCAACAGUGACAAAUACUAAUGCAUAUUAUGAUGGAAAUUUGUUGUUCAAAACAAAUGUGAAAAAUUUGCUUUUACAACCAUUAGGUGGAGAGAUUCAAUAGCAAAGUAAUUUUUAAAAAUGUAUUUGGAGUUUGUAUUCUAUAGGAUCUCAUUUCUUUAUUGAGGUCCUUUUUUCUUGUUGGGAAUUGCAUUUUUUUUAUUCUUGUUCUGUCUGCUCAAUCCCUUGUAUCGCAUCACUUCCUACAACUGAGACAGAGCUGCUAGGUUAUCCUUGGAAAGAAGUCCAUGUAAUCAUUGACGAGCUAGAGGGAUAGAACCAGUGGCUGUUGACCAAAACAUCAUCUCAAGUUGUAAAUUUGUCUCUGGACUUGGCCAUUGUGUUCAUCAACCUGAACACUCAACAAAAUGAAGAUUUGGGAUCAUUGCCUUUAAAAGUCAAUGAACAUAACUUCAAGUACUUAAUUGGCUGCAGAGUACUUUAAGAACAUCGCAAGGAUCUGAAAGGUACUAUAUAAAAUGCAACUUUGUUAUUUAAGAUGACGUAUCACACACAGUUUCUCAAAGAUUCACACUUCCUUGUUUGAAAUUCUGGGAGACUCCACCUAAUGCAAACGACAGGUCAUUUGAUGUUUGUGAUACCUACUCGUAAUUGUACAGGACUAGCUUUAACGCUGUGAUGGGGCAUUCCAAUAAUGAAACAUCAUUGGACCUGGACAUUGCAAGAGAGUUAAUGAUGUUAUGAGUCUUUUUAUUCCAUAAUGUAUGUUGCACAAUUAACAUUGUAUAUUACUGCACAAAGUAGUGUGUGUGGAUCAUGCAUUUCUUAACUGAUUCAUAGGUAAUAUUUAAGAUUAAGCCCUUAAUGCAUACUUUUGUAAUAAUAAAAACCUUUGCACCAA